AUGGUCCAGCCAUUAUUCCUCUCCCGUUGCCGUAUCGCGGCAACACGCUCCUCAAACAAGACGAUCGUGAACACAUUAUCAUCAAUCAAACCGACGACGACGACAACGACAACACCACCAAGCUAUCGGCAUCUAGCCCCCCAGACUCGAAGCCUUCAUCGUCAAUCCCUCCACUCUCGGGACCUAUGCAUAAAACACUCUACCUACCCCCAGCAAUGCUCCCUCCGACAGUACCAUUCCCGCUAUCACCCGCCCCUCCCGCUACACGAGUACACCAAUUCGCAAACAACCAUCCUAUCUGCGGCCCUGGAACAUGUCCCCGAGCACGGCUUUACGCUACAGGCCCUGACGUUGGGCGCUCGCGACUCGGGAUUCCUAGAUGUCUCAGUCCAGCUGUUGCCCAGGGGCGAGUUCGACCUCGUUCUCUUCUGGCUUGCGAGUCGUCGGGGUUUGCUGAGGGGGAAGGUUGAGGAUGGAUUGUUUUCUUCUUCCUCUGAGACGGACACUAAGAAUGCUACUGCUGCUGAAUUACCCGUUGACGAGAAGGUUAAGAUUCUUAUUCUGGAGAGGUUGAGAAUGAAUGAGAAGAUUAAGGAUCAGUGGCAGGGUGCACUGGCUCUCAUGUCCAUCCCCUCCAACAUCCCCCUCUCUCUAUCAGAGCUCCACGCCCUUUCCUCUGAUAUCCUCACGUUGGCUGGUGACAACUCCGUCGAUGCAUCUUGGUAUACGAAGCGCCUGGCCGUAUCGGCUGUCUACGCUUCCGCCGAGACGGUCAUGACGCAGGAUUCGUCGCCGGAUUUUUCGGCCACGCGGGCCUUCGUCGAGAGGCGGAUUGAGGAUUCCAAGGCUAUUGGUGAUAAGGUUGAUGGAGUUAAGCAGUGUUUGGGGUUUUUGGGGACGACUGUUGUUGGGUUGGGGAGGAGCUGGGGGGUGAAGAUCUGA